AUGUGUGUUCACAGUGCACAAACAUUAUACUGCUGUCCAAUAACAGACAUUACCUUAGUGUGGAGACUAGUGCAAGAUUUUUUAUACUUUUUUUUUUUUUUUUUUAAAGUUGAGCGACUCAUUUACAAGUGAACAUUGUGAUGCACGGAACUCGAUGGAUAAAUCUGCACGGACUUCUUUCCCCUUAGAUUUAAAUAUGUGUUGCUUAUAAAUCAUAAUAAAUUAAACAAGAGGCCCACAUGCCACAUUGCUCGCCUGAGUCACCUUGGCCCAUAUCUAAAAAAAAUUCCCUUUAUAAAUAUAAACUCGCACCUGUAAUUUAAAAACCUGCAAUAAAUAAAAGUUCCCAGGAUUCUCUGUUAAUAAUGGGAUUGAAAGCAUAAGGGUUUCCUAAAUCAUAUAAUGUUCAUGCACCUUAUUAAUAUUAUUAGAUGUAAGGAAAUUGGCCUAGCAGUAAGCACAAUGGGGAAUUUUAAGAAAAAACCGAUGGCGAUGAGACAUAAUUCUUACAUUACAUUUAAAAUAUUCUGGAUGACCCUUAGUUGAUCAUGAUAAUUAUAUGAAACGUAAUACAAAAAUUUGGAAUUUUCUCCUCAACAAAUAGCAAGCCCAAAGUAUUUUUCGUAUAUAUCACAUUACAACUUAGCAGACCAAAAUGCACCCCAUGCAACUCUAACCCUCACUCAGGAGUGCGCGUGAAGAAUGUGGUUACUGAACUGAUUACGUCACAAUAUUACAAGCACGGUGAGUGUCAUGGCGAAUUUCGCAGGAAAAGUAUUACUAACAGACUUGUACCAGAUAACCAUGGCUUAUGCUUACUGGAAAAGUGGAAAAAGGAAUGAAAUGGCAGUUUUUGAUCUCUACUUCAGAAGAAAUCCUUUUAAAGGAGAAUUCACAAUAUUUGCUGGUCUUGAAGAGUGUAUCAAAUUUGUGAAAAAUUUCAAGUUCUCCGUCAGUGAUAUCAACUACCUAAAGACUGUUCUACCAGAAAAUAUUGAGAAUGAAUUUUUUGAUUAUCUGCAAAAUCUAACAACUGAUGAGGUACGGCUCAUUGCAAUAGACGAGGGGAUGGUUGUGUUCCCUAAAGUGCCCCUCAUCUCCAUAGAAGGACCACUUCCAGUUGUUCAGUUAAUGGAAACACCUCUCCUAAACCUCGUUAAUUAUGCCAGCUUGGUAGCAACUAAUGGAAUUAGAUUCAGACAGGCUGCGGGCCGAGACAAAACACUACUGGAAUUUGGACUGAGGCGUGCUCAGGGCCCUGAUGGUGCCUUAUCCGCUUCUAGAUAUUGCUACCUUGGCGGGUUUGAUGGUACCAGUAAUGUGUUGGCAGGGAAAUUGUAUAACAUCCCAGUGAGGGGAACACAUGCCCAUGCCUUCGUGAAUUCUUACUCCUCUCUAUCAGAAGUUGAAGAAAAGGGUCUUCUGAAUAAAAAGACAAACCAGUUAGAAAAAUUUACACCAGUUUGUUUAAAAUGGCAGAAGAAGUUGGCACCAUUGUUAGAGUUCCUGGAUGACCAGGCAUCGGUGGGUGAACUGACCGCGUUUAUAGCGUAUGCACAGGCGUUUCCUGAGGGAUUUUUGGCUCUGAUUGACACAUAUGAUGUGAUCAGAUCUGGGUUACCAAACUUCUGUACUGUUGCUAUGGCACUGAAUGACUUUGGGUAUGCACCAAAAGGAAUUCGUCUAGACAGCGGAGACUUGGCUUACCUAUCACAUGUAGUGAGACAGAACUUCAAGAAGGUAGCCGACAAGUUUGAAGUUCCAUGGUUUGCUAAGUUGACUAUUGUCGCCAGCAAUGAUAUAAAUGAGGACACCAUACAUUCCCUUAACCAGCAGGGUCACGAGAUAGACAGCUUUGGAGUUGGUACUCAUCUAGUCACUUGUCAAAAACAGCCAGCUCUGGGAGGCGUCUAUAAGCUAGUUGAAAUAAAUGGCAACCCUCGAAUGAAGCUUAGUGAGGAUGUAGAAAAAGUGACCAUUCCAGGAAGGAAGCAGGCCUAUCGUCUGUUUGGCAGUGAUGGCAAUGCCUUGGUGGAUCUGAUAAUGCAGCCCUCGGAGAAUGCUCCUAAGCCAGGAGAACGUGUGCUGUGUCGUCAUCCAUUUCAGGAGUCCAAACGAGCUUAUGUUAUACCAGCUAAAGUAGAACUAUUGCACAAGUGUUACUGGGACAAGGGCAAGGUGAUGCAACCACUGCCAUCAUUAAGUGAUCUAAGGACCAAGGCCUUUGAAUCUCUUCAAACCUUAAGAAUUGACCACAAGAGGGCGCUGAAUCCCACACCAUACAAGGUAUCUGUAAGCAGCCAGCUCUACACCUUUAUGCAUGACCUAUGGCUGAAGAAUGCUCCAAUUGGAGAAUUGUAUUAGAAAUUGGCAUGGAAUUCAGUUCUGUUGAUAAUCCAAUGAAAAUCUUAGGUGUGAUUUAUGCCAACUAUUAUUUAAUUAGAACCUUGAUUGUUUUCUGCUGAUUAGUUGACCUAUAUGUCGGACACAGUACUGCCAAGUGUCAAGUAGACCAGUUUGGUUUUGCUUUGGAAAGAGAAGAUGGAAUGUUCCAAAGGCGACAAAAUGGUCUCUUGUUUUGUGUGCAAUCCUUGUAUUAUUUAAUGUGAUGUAAGAACAUUUGAAAAAAAAAAACAUUUAACAUUUUUCAAGGAAUUGGUUGCUAUGUAAUCUCUUUCAACACAAUCAGUUAUAUACAGUGCUCCCUCAAUAUAUUGCCCCCCGUUAUAAUGCCACCCCACCUAUUGCCUAAAAAUCCCAAAGAACAGAUUUCCUCCCAUGUUAAUACCCCCGUUAUAAUGCCAACCCCGCAUAAUGCCAUAUGCCACUGAUUUUUACAAACAAAUGGUCAAAUUUUAUAGGGUUUACCCUCGAUAAUAAUGCCAAUAUUACCUAAAACCCAUUGGUAAUAACCCUGUACUUUGAUAGCGGUGCGGUGAAGUGCGACAAUUUGGACAAGGUAUGCAAGUGGCCAGGUUAAUUACCAAUAAUUGCAGUAUCAAUGAACUGGAGAGAAUUUAAAUGUUUAUACAAAGUGGAGUCUAAAUAACUUUGUGGUAUUGAAUUUCUUUUGAUUGCUCCUUGAAUUGUCCAUAAUGGUUAAUUCGUUAUAAUGCCACCCCCGCUUUAUUGCCCAAAUUCAUCUUGAACAAAAGUUGGCAAUAUAUUGAGGGAGCACUAUACAUUUUUUGAGGAUUUGGCUGCUGUGUAAUCUCUUUCAACACAAUCAGUUUAUACAUUUUUUUAACAGUUUUUGAAAAAAUGUUGGCCAUUAUGUCAGAGUUAGUAUUUAUAAGAGGUAUACACUGUAUCUAUAGGCUUACUUAGUAUUUAUAAGAGGUAUACACUGUAUCUAUAGGCUUACUUAGUAUUUAUAAGAGGUAUACACUGUAUCUAUAGGCUUACUGGUAUUGUAGUAAGCGUAGUACAUUCCUUGGCAAACAACAUUUCAGAGACAUCAUUAACAUGAUUCCUUUUUUCUCAUUAGACAGAGGGAUAGGGAUAACAUUGCUAUGCAGACAUUUAGAUAUAAAUCUCAUUGUGGUACUCAAAAUCUACCACUGCCCGUGGUUCUACACUAGGCUGUUGGGACAAUCUUACAUUGUAGGUUUAAUCUUUUUUUGUGCAGCAACAUUCGCUGAAGACUGUUACAUUGAUUGUGAUUUCAUUGAUCUAUAUUUAUGGUGGGGAAAAAAACCCCAUGGCAUUUUAUAUGCCCUAGCUGAAUCUGUACACUUUGUGAUGUAUUGAUAUUAUGUCUUUUAUCUUGUGGCAAGAUAUCCACAGCUCCCACCACAAAGCUCUACCCCUGUUCUACCCAUGGGUCAAUAUUCGGCUUAUUAAAUGCAUCGAUAUUGAUAUUCAAGUUUCGGGAUGCAUUCAAGAUAGUUAAAAUAAUGUUGCACAAUGGAAUUUUAAGUGCAAAGGUUAAAAAAUGAAAACUUACAGGCGGAGAUAUUGUGUACUGAAAUUAAAUUCUAAAGACUACAAUAAUCACUGCAACAUAAGAUACCAAUCUGGCAAUGGUUUGGCGAUAUUUUUAUGCCCCCCCCCCCCCCCCCCCCCCCCCCUUUGAAAUAGAGGAGGCAUAUUGUUUGCACACGUCGUUUUAUAGACUGACCAAGUCUUGUGCACUCGGUGUUAGCUGCUGAUAUUUAUUUGUUGUAAUUCAACUCAGUAGGUAUACUAUUAAAAACUGAGGAACAUGCAUGAGGUCAUUGUUCCUCGUUUUGUAAUCCAAAUUUUACAUUGAAAAGAAGCUCUGGUACAUAUUAACCCAGUUUCCCACCCUUCUCUAUUUGAUUUCUAUAAUACUUAGGGACACUGUCACUAGAUGUCAUUUAAUAUUUUCGUUGUAUAAAUCUUCACUAUUUUGCUAGACAAUAUUUACCAUGGUAUACAAUAUCUGUAAGACUGCUUUAUCAUCAGUGUCAUAAGGUGUGUUUGUUUACAUAUAGACGAGUUCAGAAUUUUGGAAAGUGCUUGUAUUAUAGUACUUGCGGUUUAAAAUGCAAUCGUAAUUUCUGUGUUUUCGAAAUGAGUUGUUAUAUUGUAUCAUUUAUUUUUUUUAAAAAAGAAUGAAUAUUGUAUUUGUAUUGAAUUGUACACACAAAUUUUCAAACUUUAUUCAAAAAUGAAAUAUGAUGAAUAUACCAAUGUUCAAAGAUUUCUGGUCAUUAUUACCAUUACAUUAUUUUUCUAGGAUAUACUUGUAUUUACUAGUAAGGAAUGGAUGACUAAGGUUUUGUGUAUUAUCCGGUUAUAAAAAUGAUGGAAGUUUGGGAGUAAUCUGUAUACUUGGCAAAGCGAAUUGAACAGAAAUGACCCCACAUCACAGACAAACAACCUAGACAUAUAUGUAGACUUGCAUUCACUUCAUGCAAUAUUCAUGUCUAGUGGAUAGGCAUUGCUUUUGUUGGAAAUGAAAUACAUUGAAAUGACAUUUAUUAUUGAGAAAACAUUGGUAAAUGUGAACGUUAUUUUGUUUAUAUAUCUGUAAUCAAAAUCAAAAAACCACAUGAUACUGUGAAAUCGCAUAUUUUCAUGGGGUUGAAUUUUCGGGGUUCAGGAAAAAUAAUUGAGCAUGUCCAUGGUAAUAUUUUUCUGUGGUUGAAGAUUGUUUUCUUUACUGUGGUUCAAUUUUUACAUGCCUGUCAAAGACGAGUUGAUUUAAGGAAUAUGUUUUGUAACUUUGUCAUCACCUUGUGGAUCAGAUAAAAACAGUACUAAG